AUGAAUGAACGGUCACUGAUUUUAACGGCAUCGAUGCCCGUAUUGACAACGGUGAAGCGGAAAAUGGACGCCAAUGUGGACAUACUGGAGCAGUGUCGACAGCGAUGCGUUUUACUUCGACAAACCCGUCGAAAUACGGUGGUGUUAGUGCUGAUGGUGUCGUUCUUCUUCAUUGCAUGGUGUCCUCACAACGUCGUCUCGGUGGCCUUAGAAUUCACCGAUGGUGACGCUUUCCUCAUCCACGAAACGGAUUAUUCCUAUUUGGCUAGCCUCAUGUCUCACAGCACCGCAAUGAUCAGCACAAUAGCCAAUCCAUUCCUUUAUGGCUUACUCAAUCGAGGCUUCAUCUCCCACGUACGCCAUGGAUGGACGAAUUCAAUGCGCAAAUUCCGACGGAACGAUGCAGAAAUAUGUGCUGCUUUGAUGUAG